AAACCACAUCGUGCAGAAGGCAUCACAAUAUUAUUUGAGCAUAACCGCGGAAUGACACGCGGAGUUGCAUUGCUGGAGACCUAUAACCCCUAAAUAACUGGAUCGCUCAAUUUUGUCUUUUUUCAACACACAUACAUCAUGGCGGUGCCAGAGCCUCCACCACCGUCACUCAUCUUUGAUUUUGUUCAAUUUGACGAGGAUGAUCCUGUUGACAUGGAGAUGAGCCAAGCUUAUAAGCAGCUCAUGGAAUCCAUUCAGGGCAUGUCCGAAAUCGAUAUUCAUAACCAGCUUCAAGCCUCCGCCUCAGUCAGCAUGCAAAAACAUGCAGAAAUUAUCAAUGGUUUGUUGUACGGUAUUCUCACAUAUAAUAGCAACUCAGGAGGAAACCCCGGCAGCACCACUUCCUCUUUAGUGGUUCCUGCACAAAAUGGCAACAGUAACAAACCGACCCCACCGGAUCUUUUUCGACAUAUGAACUUUGUUGCGCGUGACUCUCUCGCAUUUGCAGUCAAGCAGACGCGAUACUUUUGUUCUCUCUUACAUUUUCAUAAAAUUCGGCCUCAAGCCCGCGAACAGAUACUUUGGCUUGUGGGUCAAUUGACUGAAAUUCGGGUUCAUGGUGUUGAGCAACUUUAUAUGAUUCUACUAAGGCAGAUCCGCGGCGGCGACGUAUCUCAGGCAAACGUACAGCAUGCAGAGGCCAUGCUUCGGCUACUUCAAACGCAUCUCCAGCCUUGGGUAUACUCAAUUCCAAUGCUAGUCGCCUACUCUUGUUUCACAUAUCUGAGGAUCAUGCUUGAUCACGGUCGACUAACGAAUCUUCGACAACAAGAAGCCAUAUUCUGCGCAAAACUAUUAAGAGAGCGCUUCCGAGAUUGUUCAGAUAUCGGGAGGGAUCUAGUCAGAGCACUGCAGGAUGUCGCAAGGAUCAAAGAAAUUGAAGAGAUCUGGGUUGAUCUGCUAUACAGCCCGGAGAAACUGAAUCCUCAACUUGAAGGCAUUCACCAGCUCAUGGCUAUGCCAUCGAAAGAUAUUUUUCUCGCAAGUCGACUGACAUUUGACAUGGAACACAAACUGCUUCAUAUUCUUAAAUACAUUAACCUUGGACAACACAACAGAAACUUGCAGUGGCUCACUGAGAGGUAUCUUACAGCACCUGAAACUGAUGCUUUAUAUUGUGAUAUCAUUCGCUACAUCUGUGGCGUGUAUCAUCCAACGAAUGCAGUUCUCGCAAGCAGUAUUGUACCACGCUACGUCUUUAUUGGUAGUCUCCUUCGUAACAUCAAGUCCAAUGUUUCAGCGGCCAAUGUCAAACUCGCACUAUUUUACGAUUGGUUAUUUUAUGAUCCAUCUAAGGAUAGUAUUAUGAAUAUCGAACCUGCAAUGCUGCUCAUGGAACGCUCAGUUGAGCGAUAUCCAUACAUGACUGCCAUCCUCUUGGAAUUUCUGCAGUUUACGGUCGACAACUAUUACCCACCCUUACGUGAAUACAUCCAAAAGCAUGUCGGGAUGGCAGCUCAAGCACUGGUAGAGAAGGGUGUUAUCAGAUCUUUUCGAUUCAUUUACCGCUCACCGUCCCUUGAAGAUUACCCUCCUGUCCGUGAAUACAUGUUGUCGCUAUUCCCAGCACAGCUCGGAGACAUAGCAGAAAACACUGCUGGAUCACUAAUAGGAGGGAGUAUGUCUAUGGAGAACAUCGAAGACCACAGCAUUCCUACACGUUCUGGAAGCGACAACGAUGAUAACGAGGGUGUGGAUGAAUUCGAAAGCUCACCGCCUCACUCAGGUUUUGUUGCACAGGGAAUCGCAGGGCAGGAUGGAGAUGAUGAUGAUGAUGACCCUGAUCAAAGAGAUGUGAAGUCAAGAAGUCAGUCCAGAGAGUCUUCCAGGGAACCUAUGUCAGUGGAUGAGCAGGCUAUCAAAGAUGAAUAUGAUGACAUUGGAGGGGAAGAAGAAGUUAUGGAAUCUUAUACAAUUGAAUCUGUUGCUCAAGACGCAACAGGGAAGCCUCACAAUGCCAGUGUUCUCGCUGAUUGGUCAUUUACAGACGAUUUGACGUCGGGCACAACAGCUGGCAAGGUUGCUGAUGUCUCUUCUGGAUCAAAUCCUAUUCCAGGAGCGUCUCUUUGGAUUUUUGGCUCUAGUCUUCAAGAGUUCAAGAAAGCCUACGAAACAGAUCCUGAAGCUCCUAGCACUGCAAAGAUGUUUCGACAUAUCUGGGAGGUGUAUGGUGAUGUCGCAGGCGCUGGAGUGGAGGGGUCAGACAUAGCUCAUGAGAUCGGUCAGGAAAUUCUAGCAUUUGCACAUAAGGCAGAGAUCCCCGAGUCCUAUGUUUGCUCUGUGAGUGAAGAUCAAGACGAAGAUGCAGACGCUAUGGAGCCGCUAAUGUCAUGUCUAUGGAAGGUUACUGCAAGGGAUGGCAAAGACGGCGCUUUGAGAGUUGCGCAAAUGUUCUUGAGCAGUGAGGCCAACAUCAAUCCACGGUCGAGACAAAUGGGGAUGUGGUUUUUGCUUGGCUUACUUCGUGGACAAAAGCGUAGCAAGCCUAAUGUUAAUAUAUCCGUAGAACAGGUCUUGCAACUCUAUGGAUCAUAUAUCAGAGCAUCUGUUAGACAGGAUCAGAUGGAUAACACUGAGGAGAGCAACGCUGAGGCAUCUAGUGAUUCCAUGACCCUUGGACAACAAUAUCUUUUAGCAGAUCUCCAUAAUCUGCACAGUCGUCAGACAGCGAUCUUUGAUAGCUUGCUACCACUAGUGCUCGAGUAUCUUCCAGAACUUAUCCCUAGAACGGAGGCUUUCUUGAAAUUGAUGCUUAUCAUGGCGACACCGACUCAGAUCUAUCGGCUCUCAACAGGACUUGCUGGUCGGACUUUCUGGUUGAUAUCAACACCAGUGACCUCAAGGGUAAUAGAACAAGAAGAUAAGGAGAGUAAAAAGGGGACCAAGAUUACACGAGCUAUGAAGAAGAAGAAUGCAUCUCAAGAGAAGACUGAUGAACUGGAGACUGACUCGCAUUCAUUAGCAGAUGGAAGGAAACUGACAAUUACACCUCAAGCGCUCAUGGUUCUCGAGCAGACUCUGAGUUGGGAAACAUAUGAGCAACUGGGUCUCUGGCAACUGAUUCUAUCAGAGAUUGGCGGAGUAUCAGAAGCCGUUGUAUCUCUUCUUAACGCCAAUUGGGUUCCCAACAUGAAUACAGAAUCUAAAGCAGAAGCAAUGAGUGGUUUGUUGAAUUUGGUUCGCUCGCUGGCAGUGAUGCCGCCGACAGUCAGUCUUGGACGGGCGAUAGCCAGGAUUGCAGCCCAAACCGAGAUAAUAUCUGAGGAGAUGAGACAGUUUUGCGAGUCACAUAUCGCCUUAUGGGCGAGAGGAUAUCCUGACCACGUAGCCGCCAUUCUACUGUCACUCAGCGAUAAGACCUCUGCUCCUGUAAACCCGAUAAUCGCGGCAACAUUAGACUCAUCUAUUUCUGCCGAUGGUGAUCUCGAGAUGGAAGAUGUAUCUAUGAAAAGCAAAAUGCUAUCCAAAAAUACUCGUACCAAGAACGGAAGUGCUACAGUAGCCAAGACGAAGCUGACCCCAACUCAGAGGAAGGAACAAGCAACGCAUCUGCGUGCUGUAUUAUCACUUUUACAAGUUUGGUGGGAUGAUAUGGGUUUAUCAUUGUCAUCAUCAUCAACAAAAGGGAUGCCUUUGACAUCUAUGGCAAAACGACUGUUUUCACGGAUAUGGCCCCAACAAGUCCAGACUCAAGUGCUCGAAGCGUUAACAGAAUCCUUCGGCACCAAAGAAAAGAACUCUUGGCCCGAGGAAUGGUGGGUUAAAGAGAAUGAAGACAACAAAAACCGACGAAGAGGGGGACGGAGAGAUGGCAAGAGCGAAGAUGAUGGCGAAAAUGAAGGGAGUGAGGACAAUGAUGGCGAGGAUAGCGCCGAUCAAAGUGACGAUGAUGAAGAGAAGGAAGAAGCCAAUCAAGGUGGCGAGAGCGAUGGAGAACAGAACAGUGAUAAUGAGAAGAAGAGCAAAGAUAAGAAACGGUUCGGAGGGGCAGCCUCGAGCUCGGCUGGAUCGAGUCGUCGAAAUAGUCCCAAAGUUGGUUCGGGUAUCUUAUUCGGCAGCAGCAAUAGUGGCACUAAGAAAAUCUCCACAGUGGGGUCUACACCUGCUGCUAAGGGUGUUUUAGGUUCCAGGUCUCGUGGCAAAAGUUCACCCGCACCAUCUACCAGGAAAACACCAGCAAAGAGAGUAGUAGCGACGCGAAAACGAAAGAUUUCAGAAGACGACGAUGAAGAAGAGGAUCAGCACGAAGACGAAGAGGAGGAAGAAGAGGAGGACGAUCAGGAAGGUGAAGAAGAAGAAAAUGAAGAGGAUGAUGAGGAUGAUGAAGGUGAGGAUGAAGAUGACACAAAAAUUAGGAAAAGGACAACCAAACGCCCAACAGAGAAUUCAGCGAAGAAUCCAAAGACUAGGCUAACUAGUCGGAACAAAUCCAACACUAUUGGGAAGCGUCGGAUCUUGUCUGAAGACGAAAGCGAUGACUGAAGCGUUGCAAUAAAGACUUAAUGACUUUUAUUUCAUUAUACUACAUAUUUUACUAG